AUGUGGCGCGACCGCACAAACCUCUACAUCUCCUACCGGCAGUCGUACGCUCAUCAUCCCAACCAACGAUCCAAAUAUGCCCAGGGCGGCUUCUCGGACGCCUACUCGAGCAGCAGCUUUGCGCACGAAGACCGGCGCGGGCUGCUCUCGAGCGGCGCAUUCGAAGAUGAUGGCGACGCUGUAAUCGAGAUGGACCUGCUGCCGCCGCGGUGGUCGGACAUCUCGGACGACAUCACAGAGCUGCUCGCCGAGAUUGCCACAAAGAGCCAGCGCCUCGACAAGCUGCACCAGACGCAUGUGCUCCCGGGCUUCGACGACGACGAGACCAAGCGGGCCGAGGAGGUGCAGAUCGAGAGACUCACCCAAGACAUCACAAAGGGCUUUCACCAGUGCCACCAGCGGAUCCAGAAGCUUGAGGCCAUGGUUCGCGAGUCGAAGCAGUCCGACAGCAUCAGCAGAGCCGAGGAGACAAUGGCGAAGAACAUACAGAUAUCCCUUGCCACAAGGGUCCAAGAUGCAAGUGCAAACUUUAGAAAGAAGCAGAGCGCAUAUCUCAAGAAACUCCGCGGAAUGGGUGGCCUCGGCGCAAUCAGUCCCAUUGACCGUCCAACAUCUCCAAUGCCGGGCUCUUCCUACAUGGACCCGUCCCUUCAAGAAUCAGAUGCCGACCGGUCCUUCUCCCAAUCGACGCUACAGGUAGCCAUGCAGCAAAAGACGCUGCACUCAAACGACACCGCCAUCGCCCAGCGGGAGCGAGAAAUCGAAGAAAUCGCACAAGGCAUCAUCGAGCUGUCCGACCUUUUCCGAGAUCUCCAGACCAUGAUCAUUGACCAGGGCACCAUGCUGGACCGGAUCGACUAUAACGUUGAGCGCAUGAACACAGAAGUCAAAGCUGCCGAUAAAGAGCUGAUAAUAGCGUCUGGCUAUCAGAAAAGGAGUAUCAAGAGGAAGGUUAUACUCUUGCUACUGCUAUUGGUUGCUGGCCUAUUCAUUCUGCUUUUGGUCAAACCUAAGAAGAAUAGGGACUAGGCACCUGGAUUAAGAUGAGCUGGGAAUCAAAAAGUUCGAUAGAGGUGGGAAGGGAAAUUCGGCGUUGUGCGUCGAGAUGACGCAGUCAAAAUGAGAGCAAGUCCGCUCUCUCUUUUUCGUGGUAACUGUGGCUCAGCAUGGCGUUGUGACAAGCGGUUUGAUGGUCAUAUUGCUUUUGAUGUGUGGCCAUGUGUAUCAAUAAUGGAGCGAAUAGUGCUCCCCAAGGAAAAAGAAAAACCAAUGAUACACUUGGAGUUUAAUGGGGGGGUUUUGAUUAGAAUUUAUUUACAUGUUUCUGUAGAUAGUAUUGUACAGCGGGGCUCUCCUGCGCGUGCCUCGAGAUAGAUUCAUAUGUGCCAUGUGUUAGUGCUAGUA